CCUCGCAGAAUGAAUGGCACAGAUGUUGGAUAAGACGGUACCCGUUGGCUGCCUUGUUUUUGUUGUUGUUUUCAGCCAACUUCUGCCUGCUCUUUCCCAUCUAGACCAAAAAAAAGACCCACAGAGGAAAAUGACCAGAGACCAAAAAGGAACAAAAUAGAAUGGGUGAGAUGAAGGGCAUCAUCUUAAUCCAUCUUAAAAGCAUGUAGGUUGGAAUUGUGCAGCAGUAAAGUUCCGUUUUUUUAAGAGUGUUGCAGCAGAAGUAAUGCAGCUUUUGGGACACGCAUCUCGGAAGUGAAGGUAGUGCCUGUGGACUUAGGAUGAAGGUCAGUGCUUGGCUUCUCUGUGCAUCUUGGCUCUACACGUGGGCUGAGUACUCUCAGAGGUGCAAAUGUCAAGACCUCUGUCCAACAGAACUCGAGGAUAAGAGGUCAAAGACCCGCUUCAAGGUGCAUUUUGGUAAUGCUCUUGGACACCAGCACAUACAUGUCAGGAGCAGGACACACCACAGAAAAGGCUCCAGAGUUUGUGCUGAUGAUGUGGCCCCCCGCAUCGUCCACCACCCCUCUGAUGUGGUGGUGAAAUCUGGGAAACCUGCCACCUUCUCCUGCCGGGCGGAUGGCAACCCUAAGCCGACCAUUGAGUGGCUGCACGAUGGCCAGCCCCUGGAGGUCACAAAGGGAGAUGGCCAGCUACAGCCCAUGUUUUUGUCAGAUGAUAGGCUCUUCUUCCUGAGUGUGGGUGUGGGUAGGCGUGGCCAGUCCCAUGAGGGCAUCUACACCUGUGUGGCCAGGAACAGUGCAGGCACGGCCAUCAGCCACAAUGCAUCACUGCACAUUGCAACACUACAAGAGGCGUUCACUGUACAGCCCAAUGAUGUCGAGGUGGCUGAGGGAGAAGUGGCUGUCUUAAACUGUGGACCACCUGUGGGACACCCAGAGCCUAAUAUAAUUUGGAGGAAAGACGGCCUGCCAGUCAACAUCACUGACUUCCACUACACGGAGUUCAAUGGGAAGCUCAUCAUCGAUCCUGCAGAGAAGAACCACUCUGGUGCCUAUGUGUGUGUGGCCAGCAACACUAUGGGGGUGCGAGAGAGCAGGGCAGCGCGGCUCACUGUGCUCGCAAAACCUGUUUUGGUGCUGAAGCCGGAGAACGUGUCAGUGAGAAUCGGGGAGUCUGCCCAGUUCUACUGCCAAGCCAAAGGUGACCCUCCACCUGCUGUGGUCUGGAGCAGAGAGCAGGGACCACUGCCCAAUGGCAGGUAUCUUGUGAACCCAGACCAGACACUCCAGGUACAUUAUCUGACACUUCAAGAUGCUGGCAAGUACACCUGCACUGCAGUCAAUGAUGUAGGUGUGGUCAGUGCUACCGCGCACCUACUCGUUGAAGCUUCCAGCACAAAACAGAAAGACCUCCACAAAGAACUGUCAGCCCUGCGUGUGACUCUAGAAAAUGUCACCAUCAUGGCCCCGGGGUCCAACAUGUCGCACGUACACUGGGAGCUCCAGUCCCUCAACACUCAACCUCAUUACCUCGAUGGCUUUGAGGUUCUCUAUCGUUCUCUGUUACCCGCCAGCUCAGACUGGGUGGCAAAAAAAGUGACGGUGCCGAGUUUUCAAGCACAGGUUGGCCCAUUAAAGAGAGGCUACAAGUAUGAGUUUAAGGUUCGUCCAUACGGCAGCCACUUGUAUGGACGGGAGAGUAACACCCAGCUCCUCAGAGUCCCAGAGACAGUGCCCGGUGCCGCUCCGCUAGCUGUGUCUAUAACUGUCAGUCAUAAUCACAAUAACUCUAUCCACCUGAACUGGGAGCCUCCUCCUUCGGAAUCUCUCAAUGGGAUCAUACAGGGUUACCAGGUGUGGUGUGUGGAGUCGGAUGAGCAGCAGUACCAAAACUGGACCGUUGAUCGCAGCCGGCACAGUCUUGAUGUAUAUUCCUUGCAACCAGGGAAACGUUACUGGAUUACUAUUGCCGCAGUCAAUGGUGCUGGAGUAGGAACGCUCAGUGACCCUCAUGGAUUUGUCAUAAACCCACAGCUAGGGUUUACCUCUGAGACAGACAGCCACAGACUGGAUCAGUCUGCUUUUGUGGCCCUGCUUCAGGACCCAAUAUUGAUUGGCAGCAUUGGUGCCCUCUUGUGGUGCUUUUUGAUGAUUGCAGCUGUCUGCCUUCUAAAACGCCACAGCAGGAUGUGCAUACCAGGACGUCACCGGGCUAAAAGUUUGCAUAGACUGGCCACUGAAGAUCUCUUCAUAAAUCACAGGAUAACAGCUCCAGACUCUCCUUGGAUUUCUCGGGGUUGGACACCAGCGUUGAACCAGAAGUACCAAGACUUGUGGGCUCAAGGUCAUAAACAUUCAGGGAUCAGGAGUGCAAGCUUUCCAGUGCCAACCAAUAAGGACCCAAGCCGCUUGGACCCAGCUGCUCCAGUUGUGACUGACAGCUGCAGUGUGUACGGCACCUUUUAUGUUGACCUGAUGGGAAACGGGCUCAAGACCUUCAACAGUCCCAGGCGUUGCCCUAAAAUGCCUCAUGGUCUGCCCCAACAGCAAGGAGCUGAGACCAUUCAGAUAUUCACUCAGUCUGCUCCUAAGACCUCACCCCUCACUAAACGGGGCGUGUUACCAUGGAAACAGCCCAUACGACCUCAGCCCAAGAUGGGUGUGCUGAGGGAAAAGAGCCACAUCAAGCAAGAGUUGCACGCAGUGAGCAGUGUCCCCAUCGUAACAACCGGGGACCAGGCUGGUCCCGCUAGUGUCUGCAAACAGAGAUUUAGUCACGUCCCAUCAGAGUAUAAUCGAGGUGCGGGCUGUCCUCGGCUGCUGCAUUACUCUGCAUCCCUUCACCUAUUGGACAUGUGGACACCACCGCCACUGUUGCACCUGGAGGAAGACCCAGACACUCACAGUGUGACCACAGACGAAGGAGCGACGUCUUCCUGUCUCCUUAAAAGACUGAAGAUGGGUCGUGGAUUUUCCAGCAUGACCAUGACCCAAAACAUACGACCAAGAUCCAGUCGUUCCACAAAGAUGACAGUUGACCUGGGCUCCCUUCAGUCAGUGUGUGGUACCCCAGGCUACCAUGCACAGCCGGGGGCCACCGCCUCCAACGACAGCCGCCCCCCUUACAGCCACUUGUCCACUUCAUCCUAUGUUGCAUCUCUGGAUGAAGAAAAGGGUGGCACACUGACAGCACAGGAAGCCACCCAGUAUCUGGAGCUUCACCCCGAACCUGAGGAAUCAAGUGCCCUUUCUGGGCAACGUGCCUCCCGUCUCCAUCCUCUGACCACCAGCAUGAGCUACAAUGCCGAGCUAGUCCCCUCUGCCCAGAUGGACUGUAACACUUCCUAUCAGGUGCCACCCAUUGGGCUGCACCAUGCCCGCCUUCAGAGCUCUCCUUCCUCCUGUUACAGCGAAUGGGACGGCUCCCUGUGGAACACCUGGAGCUCGAUCACAGACGGAAACUUUGCGAGCGCCCGUGCCAGCCUCAUCAGCUCAGUGGACAGCUGCUACACUAAUGACAGUAGUAACUUUACCCGCUUUGUGGCGGCGGAGUCUGUUAGUGGAGCCUCUUUGUCAGAUUUCUCUCCGCCCGCAUCCCCUCUCAGCGCCCUGUACCCGUCAUUGCGUGCCGAGGGCAACUCGAUCAGGGAGAUGGAGGCUCUUCCUGCGUGGGACUGGAGCAGGAACUGGAUGGAGGAAAUGGAGGCUGAGUACAGUGCAGCCCGCUAUCCUGGCAGGAAUGCAAACCCUUUUCACACUUAGCUUUGUCAAACACACCAACUGGGAAUGCUACAGGUUUGGUAGAAUAGAUAAACGUCUAACAGUUGAGCGAAGAGUAACUUUGUGAUGUUUAGAGCUUUUGAUGCAUGUGGGAUGUUGCUUUUCUGUAACAGUCGUCUCAGGUUGCCUUACGGCCUCAUCUUUCUUUGUCUCAUUAGGGAGAUAAACCAUCCUCAGGAUGUUCUUGAGCGUUAGAUUUUCCUCCCAGCGGAUACGUAUCAACGUGGCGCAUCUUCAUUGCAUUGCUUUUAUUGGGAAUAUGAAAUUCUCACUGCUGAGAAUUUCCUUUUCUCCGUCCUCCUCCUUUUUUUAUUCCAAGAUAUUGUUUUAUUUUGUAAUAGUUGCAGUGAUGUGCCCCCUUCCUGAUUUGUCGCACUUGUGUGUUUCAAAGAGACUUAAAUAUGAGACGGAGAUAACCGAAGUAAACACAAAAACCUGUGAUGGUUUUAUUUAUUCAGGUGAAAUUUUAGGAUGAAGCUAGCGAUUCACCAUUCAUGGCCCCGCACAUUUGUGCAUUUUCGGUGAAAAAAGUUCAUGUCAUUCACCAGAAGUCGAUAAGAAUGAAGAAACAGGUGAUAACGCAGGUAAAAUGCACAGCGUACACGUACCACCGAUUUUUAAAAAAGCAGACAAUUUUUUACAUGUUCAUGUCUUUAUGUUUCACUGAUGAUGUUUUUUUUGUCAAGCGUUGAAAUUUCCCAUUUUGUCCGGCAGUCCUUGAACGCACCAUAGUUUGACUCUGAUUCCAUGUGUUGCAGUGGUGAGUACCUUUUGUACUUGAAAUGCGUAAGGCAUAUUUCGGGCUUAAAGAUGGAUUGUGUCAUGAGGGAACAAUGGCAAUUGAAGAGAGAAGGGGAGGUCAUUGGAGCUGAAUCUAAUCUUACAAUUCCAGCAGACACUUUUAUUGCAAAUGAUACGAAACCAUCAGCGUCAAGCUAGCAGGAGGGUUUUGAGCAAUUACUUUUUUUUCUUGCUAGUUUAUUGCUCUGUUAAAUUGAGUUAUCUUUGACUAAUAUUUUAGUCUGUUUGAUGAUUUCAAACAUUUAAGUGUGACAAACAUGCAAAAAAAAAAAGAAAUCAGGAAAGGGGCAAAUACUUUUUCACAACACGAUAUCUUUUGUCGUACUUAAAUCGUAGUUGCAGUGUUUUAGAAGUAGAAGUACGUUGUUUUUUUAUUAUUAUUAUUCACAUUUAACUGAACUAACUUAGCACUAGACUGUAAGCUUGAACACCACCGACGCUUUUCUUCUUUGGCUUUUCAUUUUCCACAGUUGACAUGUAUUUUGUAGGUAAGCGUGAACGAAAUCUUUCUCAUGUUUGCAAGUUUUGCAGCGACUUGACGUUUGAAAUGUAUGGAAGCCCGUUGCCGCCACUGCAGGAAAAGAAAUAUCCCAAUGCUAACUAAUAAUUAUGAGAUAAAAAGUUGAAAUUUCUAGAUAAGUCAUAAUUACGAGAUAAAAACAUCAUAAUUAUGAGAUAGAGAAGUCAUAAUUAUGAGAUAAAAAGUUGAAGUUAUGAGAUAAGUCAUAAUUACGAGAUAAAAACAUCAUAAUUAUGAGAUAGAGAAGUCAUAAUUAUGAGAUAAAAAGUCAACAUUAUGACAUAAGUCGUAAGAUAAAAGUCUAAAUGUCUCGAUACGAAGGCAUACUUAUGAGAUAGAAACAUCAUAUCCAUGAGAUAAAAGGCUGAAAUUACAAGCUAAAAAGUCAUCAAUAUGAGAUAAAAAGUAAAAAUUGUGACAUACAAGUCAUAAUUAUGAGAUUAAAAGUCACAACUAGAGAUACGAACUGCUCAUGUGCUGCCUUCUUGACUGCAGCCUUCGUCACAUGACACUCGACACGUGCAGUUUGUAGCUCAUAAUUUCGACUUUUUAAUCUCAUUAUUAUGACUUUUUAUCUCAUACCUACGAUUUUUGAUCUCACAACUUUCGUGAGACUUACCAAUGGGGUAUUUUUCUUCUUUCAGUGGCGGAAACAGACGUGUUCUGAGCUGAAAAAUAAAAUCUACUGAAGGGUCAUUUGUGACGUUAUUAUGUGAAAUGUGGCGUACCUGCUGACUGCAGCCAGGAAGUUUUCAUCUGAACCUGAACGAGUACAAUUUGAUGAAGUGGUGUUUGUGACAUUGUGUGCAUGUUGGGGUUGUGGGUUUUUUUGCCACUGGGUGAGUAAAAAGUGUGUAUUUCAUUUUCGGUGAAUGAAAAAAAUCCAGAUUUACGUUCCAAAGCUUUGAAUAGAAACUGUAGCGUCAAGCCGGGUGUCAGCGUUUUCCACCGAGGGCCACAUAGCGAAAAAUGGAAGGACGCAAGGGCCAUUUUGGUAUUUUGUAACAGAUAUGCUAUGAAUUUAUGUAUAUUUCAAGAAAAAACAUUAUUCCUAGUAUGAACUUUGGUCUUUUUGUCCCCAUUUUUUUUGUUAUUGUGACUUUUAAAAACAAUGUCUUUUUUUUUAUAUUUCAGCUUUAUGCUGCUAAAAUGAUGUGAUUUUGCGACGUCAGUCUCGUAAAAUCAUUUUUAAAAUUUCUCGUCAGAUUACAACUUUUGAAAUAUGUUUUUACAUUUUGACUUUAUUUUCCAUUCUUCCGUUUCCUCGUUAAACGUCCAGAAUGUGCCUCCGGGCCACACUUUGGACACACCUGCUGUAACGGCGAGUGACCGUUUUACGCACCCUUUGCAAAAAACGGAAUUUCGCAAGCCGUCAUGACAGAAUAUCUUGUUGAUGGGAUAUUUUGUCCGAACUUGAAACUUGUGAUCAUCGCCUCUUUCUUCUCACCAUUCAGCAGAUCCCCAUCAGGAGGCCGCGAGUAACUCUUACAGCGAAUUGCGGAUCGCCACGUCUUUGAACUAACCGCAAAGCACAACAAUCUUUUUUCCUUUAAUCCUCGUCUUGUAUGUGGGUCGCUGGGGUCAAACGGGACUGGGGUCGUUGAGUAAAGAAGGGCUUUACUGUCUGCGUCCUUUAUAAGCGGCAUUGCAGGAGCUCAGUCAGGAUCAGCUUUUUUAUGUGCGAGGUAUUUAAAAAGCAGCUAGUUUGUCCUUGCCAGCAACAUUUCCGCUCUUCUUCUGUGAAGUCUCGCUGGACGGACAAGCAGCUACCAUUUCUCAGAACAAAGACCAAGCUUAA